AUGAGUGGCUCAUCCACAGUUUACAGAGAUGCUGAGGGAGUGACCAUCAUGUCACCGUUUCUCCGAAUUGGUUUGUCCAACUUCGACUGUGGGUCCUGCCAGUCGUGCCAGGGUGAGGCGGUUAACCCUUACUGCGCUGUGCUUGUCAAAGAGUAUGUUGAAUCAGAGAAUGGGCAGAUGUACAUCCAGAAAAAGCCAACCAUGUACCCGCCCUGGGACAGCACUUUCGACGCCCACAUCAACAAGGGAAGAGUGAUGCAGAUCAUCGUGAAGGGCAAAAACGUGGACCUGAUAUCCGAGACUACCGUGGAGCUCUACUCCCUGGCCGAGAGAUGCAGGAAAAACAAUGGGAAGACAGAGAUAUGGUUAGAGCUGAAACCUCAAGGCCGCAUGCUGAUGAACGCAAGAUACUUUCUGGAAAUGAGCGACACAAAGGACGUGAACGAAUUCGAGGCCGACGGCUUCUUCGCUCUGCAUCACCGCCGAGGCGCCAUCAAGCAGGCCAAAGUCCACCACGUCAAGUGCCAUGAGUUCACGGCCACCUUCUUCCCACAGCCCACGUUUUGCUCCGUCUGCCAUGAAUUUGUCUGGGGUCUGAACAAACAAGGCUACCAGUGUCAACAAUGUAAUGCAGCAAUUCACAAGAAGUGUAUCGAUAAAGUAAUAGCAAAGUGCACAGGAUCAGCUAUCAACAGCCGAGAAACCAUGUUCCACAAGGAGAGGUUCAAAAUCGACAUGCCGCACAGAUUUAAGGUCUACAAUUACAAGAGCCCAACCUUCUGUGAGCACUGUGGGACCCUGCUAUGGGGCCUGGCCAGGCAAGGGCUCAAGUGUGAUGCAUGUGGCAUGAAUGUGCAUCACAGAUGCCAGACAAAGGUGGCCAACCUUUGUGGUAUAAACCAGAAGCUGAUGGCUGAAGCCCUGGCGAUGAUUGAGAGCACUCAGCAGGCUCGCUGCUUAAGAGAUUCUGAGCACAUCUUCAGAGAAGGUCCAGUUGAAAUUGGUCUCCCAUGCUCCAUAAAAGGUGAAGCAAAGCCGCCAUACGUACCAGGACCGGGAAAAAAAGAGCCUCAGGGGAUCUCCUGGGAUUCUCCCUUGGAAGAGAUGGAGAAAGUAUGCCAUCGCCCAGAACCUGAGCCGAACAAAGAAAGAACUUCUCUACGUAUGAAACUAAAAAUCGAGGAUUUCACCUUGCACAAAAUGUUGGGGAAAGGAAGUUUUGGCAAGGUCUUCCUAGCAGAGUUCAAGAAAACCAAUCAAUUUUUCGCAAUAAAAGCCUUAAAGAAAGAUGUGGUUUUGAUGGAUGAUGACGUGGAGUGCACAAUGGUAGAGAAGAGGGUCCUCUCCUUGGCCUGGGAGCAUCCGUUCUUAACGCAUAUGUUCUGCACAUUCCAGACCAAGGAGAACCUCUUUUUUGUGAUGGAGUAUCUCAACGGAGGAGACUUAAUGUACCACAUCCAGAGCUGCCACAAGUUCGACCUCUGCAGAGCCACGUUCUACGCUGCCGAAAUCAUCCUUGGUCUGCAGUUCCUUCAUUCCAAAGGAAUUGUCUACAGGGACCUGAAGCUGGAUAACAUCCUCUUAGACAAAGAUGGACACAUCAAAAUUGCGGACUUCGGGAUGUGCAAGGAGAACAUGCUGGGAGACGCCAGGACCAACACCUUCUGCGGAACCCCCGACUACAUCGCGCCAGAGAUCCUUCUGGGUCAGAAGUACAACCACUCUGUGGACUGGUGGUCCUUCGGUGUCCUCCUCUACGAGAUGCUCGUAGGCCAGUCACCUUUCCACGGGCAGGACGAAGAGGAGCUUUUCCACUCCAUCCGCAUGGACAAUCCCUUUUACCCGCGAUGGCUCGAGAAGGAGGCAAAGGACCUUUUAGUGAAGCUCUUCGUAAGAGAACCUGAGAAGCGGCUGGGGGUGAGGGGAGACAUCCGUCAGCACCCCUUGUUUCGGGAAAUCAACUGGGAAGAGCUGGAAAGGAAGGAGAUUGACCCACCGUUCAGGCCUAAAGUGAAAUCGCCAUAUGACUGCAGCAAUUUUGACAAGGAAUUCCUGAAUGAGAAGCCCCGGCUGUCAUUCGCAGACAGGGCGCUGAUCAACAGCAUGGACCAGAACAUGUUCCGGAACUUUUCCUUCAUGAACCCAGGGAUGGAGAAGCUGAUAUCCUGA